CCCCCCCUCCUCCUCCUCCACACCCACACACACACCCACACGCACACACUUCCUCCUCCUGUUCGUUCCGAGGAGUCUCCCCCACUAUAGCGCCAUCGAGAAUGUCGGCCAACACCAACAUCCACGCCAUGAGAAAACUGGUCCAGCAACUGCGCUUCGAGGCGAGUUUCAACCGAGUGAAGGUUUCUCAAUCGGCUGCAGAUCUGAAGCAAUUUUGCCUGCAGAACGCACCACAGGACCCACUGCUGAAGGGAGUACCAACAAGCGUCAAUCCAUUUAAAACCCGAAGUGGUUGUUUACUAUUGUAGCUGAAAUAUGAUUAAAUUCUUUUUGUGGUAUUCUGGGUUUGAAGUGGGAUAAUUCACCUUGGUGCAUGUUCAGAAAAAUGAAGAUGUUUACACUAAUCUUGUUUCUCAGUGGCCUUUAGACCAACAUAUAAGCCAUGUUGGAUCUGUGUAACGGUGUGCCAACUUUCCUUGCUGUCACUUUGCAGAUUGCUUGUCUUUUUGAUACUGAUGUACCCCUACCUUAUUGAAUGGAUGAGGUGCUCAUAUGUAAAAUUUUAAUUGCUAAAUAUGAAACUUAGUUGCUUAUACACAAUUCUGUUUCUAGAAAACUUUGUACACUGGUGGAGGAAUUUUAAUAAAGGUUUGGUUCAAUUUA